GACUCACAACACAACUUCUGGCCGUACUAAUAUGCCUAGAUCAUCAGCCAAAGCUAAGCUUCAUAUCAAUGAGUUGGCUCUGGCGCUGGAUCUUGCUCGAGCAAUGGUAGACGUAGUAGACCAAUCAACUCGUCGCCUCGCUAGCGCAGUUGCUAUUGAUAGGGUGCGCCGUAAAUGCCCACCACAAUCUGUGAUAGGCAUACUCCACUUCGUCGAGCUUGCGACUUGGGAGUUCCAGACGGACCCUUCGCUGCACGGCAAAGUUGUCGAAGUGAUCGAAGCACACAGAGUGGGACGUUUGAGCCUGAGGAAGACGCUACUCGAGAUAGCCAAGACGUGUCCACGGGCUCCCGACUUUCUUUCUUUCCUGACUGUCUUCCUUCCGUUAGGUUGGACAAUAACUCUAAAGAGGAACCCUGAGAAAAACGAUCGGUACGACGCUUUUGCAAUAGUGGCACCUGGACCGAGGCUUGUCCGCCUAGUGGAACUCGAUCCUCCAGUCAUCCCAAGGCCGUUGGUUAGGGGACAGGUAUUUGGUCAGACCCUUGUGUAAAUACACGCAAUAUUACGAUCACG